AUGGAUAAAUGCCUUGAAUGCUGGAAGUCACUAUUCAUUAAACAGUUGUCCCUGCCUGAUUCCACCAAUGAUAUUCUACCAGCGGUCGUCAAAAAAGAAUCCUUAAAAGAUUUGAAAGAUGAUGACUUGAAUGGAUACAUAUCCAAGUUUAAUCUUGAAAUUAAGCUUGAAGAAACUUCAAUUAACUUCUUAAAUGACAAUUGGAAAGCAAAUAAACACAUAAGAGCAUGUUUCAGAGUAAUUAGCGCAAAAUUAUAUCAAAUGUAUCUCAGCUUUUCACCAAAUCCAGAUCCUAAUGCACAAACAGUUACUGAAUCUGUAAAUUUCAUUCAAUUUUUAUAUGAAAACGAAAAACUGAAUCAAGGUGAUAAAAACAUGCUUUGCAAGCUUAUCAGGCCAGUACUAAACUGUGUAGUCACUCAAAUGAACAGUUUUGAUCAAGAAACUCCCCAAAAUCCUCAAAUUUUAUUUUCCGACGUUAUACGAGCUCUCGACAAAGCCUUAGAGUUUACUGCAGAUGAAGAAACAAAAAUCUGCUUCAAAACUGAUUUAAUCAAUUUACAAUUUUUCGUAUAUAAAUUACACGAAAAAAAUCCGAAAGAAUACUACAGUGUUCUUAAAUGUUUCCUUACGGAGAUAUUUACGAACUUUGAUCAACUUUCAGAGUCAAAUUUAAAAUUAAUAUUAGAAACGAUACAUUUUGUACCAGAAGACAAAGAAUUCUUGUAUGAUUCUAUCUACACAUUGUUUGAAAUCAUCAAAAAGACGAAAUUAAACAGAAUUGAUGAUUUUUGGAAAAUAAUUAAAUUUAUUGUUGAAAAUUACACGAAGAAACUUGAUAUUCCUGAUGAUAUAUACCUAGAACAACAAGAUAUAAAUGAUUAUCUUCCAGGAAUCGAACCAAAACUCGCAAUGUCCGAAGAAAACCAAAAAAUUGAAAUUUUUGAUUUGAAAAAAUCCGAAAUUUUCACUCCAAUGUGUAAAAACCACAAAGAAAUAGAUUAUUUAUUAGAUAUAAUAACAGAUAUCAUUAUGUUGAAUGCCGAUUCUAACAUUUCUUAUGUUUUUGACGUUUAUUUGAAAGAAACAGAAAAUUUUUCAAUUUAUUCAUUUUAUUUGUCAGAAAUUUUAUUGUUUUGUAUUCAAAAAAUUGUUCCAACAAAAGAAAUGCUGGAAAAGUAUUUAGAAACGAAAUUUUUCUCCGACAAUUUCUCAAGGAUUAUAUAUGAUGACACGAACAACGAAUUCUUUAACUAUGUUUUAGGAUUAAGAAAUGAAUAUUUUAAAUAUUUUGGAGAAAAAAUGAACACAAAAGAAGUUUCAGGUUUUGUCACAGAAUUUUCAAGCAAAAGUAUCUUUAACUAUUUCCAGGUUGUUCCUUUAGUUGUUUAUUCUAUAAAUAACAUAUCAAAAAACACUGCUCCAUACAUGAAUUAUUUGGACAUGACUUCUGAUUAUUUUUCAAAAACAAGAUUAAUUAAAUUUUCAGAAAAAGAUGUCAAAUGGAUUAAUAAUUUGUAUAUAUAUUUGAUAUCAUUCAUUAAAUACAUGAUUGAUAUCUAUCCUGAUUGUUUGUUUGGAAAAUCUUUGGAUUCUGUAAUUGAUUUGUUAUUUGAAUCAAAUACUCAAGAAAUAGCUAUAAAUAUAAUUAAUACAUGUGUUAAAUCAAUGUAUUGCAAUAAAUUGAUACAGAUAAUCAACCAAAUUCGUGAAGGAAACUUAAAUUUAAUUAAAAUUUUAAUAAUUUUGUUAGAAAAAGUUGAGUUCAACGACCAAAUAUUAAUGAAUCUUCAAAAUCUAUUAAAGGAAAUUGCAGAAACAAUUAAUACUUAUCCAGAACAAGAUUUGAUUACUUCCGUUUUAGAAUUUGUAGCAAGAAAUUGUAGAAACUCUGAAUUUAUUCCUAAAUUCAUAAAUUCUAUUGAUGAUUCCAUCAAAAAGAUUCAAAUUGAUGACAAAAUAAUUGAAUAUUUAGAGAUAAUUUGUUUCGGACAAAAGAUUGUUUCAUCGUCCCAGAAUCCUGUUAUUUUGUCUAAUCCAAGUAUUUUGCCAAAUAUUAUCAAUAUUUUGUAUGAUUCAGAAAAAUUGUCAGAAAUUUUCGGUUUUCUUUUGUUUUGUUGUCAAAAAUCAUACAGAAAUACACUGAAAAUUUGUUUGUGCGAAAACGAGAAAUACGGUAAAAUAGAAUCCCAAUUGUUAAAUAUAAUAAAUCAGGAAGCAAAUACGAAAGAAGCGAAAGAAAGACAGCAUAAUGCUGAAACAUUUUUAAGAGGUUUAUUGUAUAACAAUGUAUCAACGGAAACAUUUUUAGGAUUAAUGAAAGCAAUGAGAGAUUCUAAGGAUAAUGAAAUAAGACAUAGAAUUAUUGGCUUAUUAAUGAAUGCAGCAGAUUAUCAAGCAUUGGAAGUAAUGGGUUGGAUGCCUGGUUUCUUCUCUUUGUAUGGUGAAAAUGUAAUAACUGUUAAUUUGGAUUUGAAUUUGGAAAAAUCUUUGUUUUCUUUCGUUAUCAAAUUCAUUUUCGAUGAUGUUUACAGAGAUCAAAAACCAACAAAAACAUUAUUUGUUGAUGCAAACAAAACAUUGAGUGUUUUUGUUGAAGAUGGAAAUUUGAAAUGUCAAAUUAAUAAUGGAGAAAAAACAAAAGUUUGUAGAUUUGAAAUAAGAAGUGCUGUAUUCUGCAGUGUUGCAUUUUCUGUUAGCAAAAUACAAAUAGUAUUUACUGUAUGCCAAAGUGAAAAUGAAUCUACUUUUGUUUUAGAUCUUCGAAGAAUGAAAUUUAAAACAAACAAAAUUUUCAUUGGAAAAUUUGAAAACCAAGAAAAUCUUGACCAGUUUCCAAUAAAUAUCUCCAGUAUAAAUAUAUUACAAGGUGCAAGAACAGAAGAACAAUUAUUAGAUAUCUGCAGACAAAGUCCUUCCGAAAUCAAGAAACAAAAUGGAAAUGAAUUUUUGUCAUUGAAUGCUGUAAAUUGGUCAGUUUCGAAUUCAGAGAAAUUCUCAACUCCUGAUACAAUUAAGAGUUCUGAACAAUGGUCAAUGAAAGGUUAUUUGAUAACACCACUACAAAUACAGUCAUUUUAUCAGGCAAUUCAUGAAUGCGGCGGUUUGUCAAUUUUCUUAUCGUUUUUUGACAGUAUUAAAACUGACAAAGGAGAAACUGAUGAUAAACUAGCAUAUUUCAGGUCUUUGAUCACUAUCAUAUCUAGUCUAAUGAGAGAUCCUAUUUUAGCACAAGGAUUUUUCAAAGAAAAGUCAUUUUUGAUCAUGAAACAGUAUUUGUUAACUUUUCCAUCAGAAGUUUUCUGCGAAAGCAUGUUUGUUAGUUUGAGUUAUUUCUAUAAUUGUAUUACUGAUGAAGAAGGAAAAUUCUCAUUCUUCAAGAACAUAUACGCAAACCCAGAUAUUUGGGAAAAGAUUAAAGACAAAGAACAAAGACUUAAUUUCAUCCAAAAAGUCACUGAAAUUUCUCAGAAAUCGAAUUUCUUGUCGAGAAUGGAUUUGAUUUUCAAAUACAUAAAUUACUUGGAAAAGGAAUAUCGAUUUGCGACAGAGAAAACAGAAAUUAUCAAAGAGAUUUUUGGUAUUAUUGAACAAAUGUCUAUUGAUAAUUUCACACAAAAUGACCAUUAUUUCAUUCUUUCUGAAGCUGUAAAGUUCAGGAAAGAAUUACCAGUUUUUUCAAAGGAUUUAUUAGAAUUUUUGUAUGAUUUUCAUACGAAAUAUCCUCAGCACAAUAAGUUCUUGACAGCAUCAGAAAACUACUAUCAUCCUUUUGUUGAAUUACUAGAAAAUGAUUUAACAGAAAAUUUGACAAAUAAUUUUUAUUAUCUGACAAAUUUUGUCAAAUUUAUUUCUUCUAUCCAAUAUAAGUUCCAAUGCAAUAACUCAAACAUCAGAGAUGCCGCUCUUUCAGUCGUUUUAAAGAUGAACUGGAAUUUUGUAAAUUAUCCAGUCAAAAGUGAAGUGACCACUUUAUUUAAAGAAAUUUCAAAAGAGAACGAUAAAUUAUUAGCAGAUUAUUUCCCAUUAAUUUGUCAUUUAGCAAUAUCUAUGUCAGAAACUGAUUUUGAUGAAUUUAUAUCAUUUUUCAGUCAAAAAUCCGAGAUAAUAUUAAAUGAAUGCAAUGAAUGGAUAUAUUGGAUUCUUUAUUUGUUGUUGAAUCGCAGCCAAAUUGGUUGUUACCAAAAGAUUGUUUCAUUGAUAUCUAUUUAUUACACUAAAAUACCUGUUAAGAAGCAAAGUUUAGUUGCUGACGUUGUUAGUGUUCAAGAAGACAAAACAAUUCCUGUUUUAUCUUCUUUGCAUUUCAUUAUGUCUUAUUUGUCACCUUUCAUGGACGGAAAUAUUAUUGGAAAAACUAAUUUAACAAAUGUUUCCACAGAUGGACAUCCUCUUUUGAGUUUCUUCAAGGAAUGUCUUCAUUAUCAAUCACCAAAUAUUGAAGCAAUUCUUAAUUUGAUGAUUUUGGCUUUAUUCGAGAAUCCAAUCAAAGAAAACGAAUUUGCAAAGAUUCCAACUGAUUGCAAACCUCUCGAAUUAUCAAUUGAUGUUGAUACAAUCACAAUGAGAGGAUUUAAUUUGGAAUUACCUUUGUUUAAUGAAUAUCUUUCUUUUGAAGACAUUUGGUACUUGAUUUUCGAGAUCUGGCCAAAUACUCAAGGAAAAUGCAACAGAGCAUUGAGUUAUAUAACAGGUUAUUACAUCGUAGAUAUCGAUGACGAAACAAAGCUUGUUAAAUUACUCGUGUUCUUGACAAAUAAAGUUGACAUGCACAGGGAUUCAUUUAGUUUGGGAUUGAAGAGAAGAACUGACUACGAAAUCAACAAAAACAACAGUUCUGAAUUGAGAAAGAGAUUGUCUGAUUUAAUUGUCCUUCUCAACGCAAAUGUUUCUCAAGUUCUCUUGAAUUUCAAGAAGAAAUAUGAUUUCGAAAAUGCAGAUUUCCCGUUGCAUAAAGAUUUUAAUGAAUAUUCUGAAGAAUCAAGUUUCAAGAAAUCAGACUUAGUUUACCACUCUGAUCUUGCAAAAUCAAAGGAUUUGUUUAAGUCAGUUAUUGAAAAAUUGAAUAGUUUACGAACGAUUAAUUUCAAUUUAAAUAUUUCUGAAAUCAAAGAAAUAAUUUCAAUUGAAAAAUUACAUGAUUACGAGAAAUUCCGCAAAUACGAAAAGAAGAUGUUGUCAAAUGACUGUCACGUUUAUAAGGUUAAAUGUAGAUUCGACCAAAACUUUGACGUCACUUCACCUCGUGUCAAAAUUGAAAGACAACUAAUUACUAUACCAGAAAUAGAACUAAUUAAUAAUUGUAAGUUCCAGAAAUCUGUGGAUAAUGUCAUUGAUUCUUUCUUGACAUUUUACAAAGAAAAAUUUGUCAUAAUUUAUCAGAAAAGUGACAAAUCUUACAUUAUCCAUAGAUUUGAUCCUCUGAAAAUCAUCAGUCCUUCAAAGGAUCGCUACGUUUUCUUGACAAACAAACAAAGAGUUUAUGAUAUUACAAUAACCGGAAACGUGACAGAAGAUUUGACACAAAAACUUAAGAUUGAAGAAAACGAAGAAGAAAAAUGUUUGGAGAAAUACAAGAACGGAGAAUUAUCUGUCUAUCAGUAUUAUUUGAUUUCGAAUUUCUACAAAGGAUUUACCAUGAGAACAAAUGAAGGAAAUUGUCCGAAAUACAGCGAAGAAAAAGGAUUUGAAGAAAAUAUUAAUUUCGAAGAAAUCAGAUUAAUUAAUGAGACAAAACAUUUGGUGAAUACAAUUAAUCUUUCUCCUUUGAAGAUAACUAAUUUGAACACAUUUAAUGACAAACAAAACAUUGAUUUGUCUUCGGCUUAUUCGCAUAGAAAACCAAUCAAAAUGCAGUCAUCUUUUGCUGUUUUCGAGAAUUGUUCUGUAGAAUGGAUUCCAGGAAAAAUCAUCACUCCUAAACUGAUGGAAUCAAGGGUUUGUUUGGAUUUCUGCUACAACGAAAUCCUUGGUUUAGUUGCUGUUCUCGAUAAUCAUGAACAAAUAACAAUUUACGAUUCAUGGGGAGAUAAAGUUGGAGAAUACACAGUAACUCCAUCCGCAAAAAGAGUUUUGUUCUGUGCUUCUUUGAAAGCUUUUGUUGUUCAAUAUGCAAAUGGAAUUAUGUUGUACAAAUUAAAUGGAUGCGUAUUUGGAAAUGUGUCUGAUAAUUCUAUCAAAGAUAUAGAAAUAUAUGAUAGAAAUGAUUCAUCAAGUCCUUUGUUGUUUGCUGUUACAGAUAAUUAUAUUUAUUGGGCAGAAAUUUCUGAUCUACAAGGUGCAAAUGAUUUGUCUAAAUUCCACAAACAAGAACUGAAACUCAAGUUCGAAAAAGUUAAUUUCGCAGCAAACAAUACAUCAGUAACAUUCACAUUUACUAUUCCUAACUCUCCUUAUAAGCAAGUUCCAUUUGCUGUUCAAAUUUCUUCUCGAGAAAUGAAUUUUAAUCAGCAAAAUGAAAAUUAA